GACUUCCAAGAGCCAAACUAAUUGCGCAUUACUUGGCUAUGGACAUCGGUGUUGUCACUCCGUCUAAAGAUGGAAUGAAUCUCGUGGCAAAGGAAAUGUUGAUCUGUAAUCCGGAAGCUGGACUGAUUCUCUCAUCAGGUGCUGGCACUGAUGUCCAACUCGGUAGCGCUGGUUUCUAUACAGAAGAAGAGCGGUGCUAUCAUCGAGUUGCUGACAUUGGAAAUGUUGAAGAGUUUGCUGAUGCUUUCUAUUCGGCGGCAAUGGAAGAACAAGAUGAGAAAGUGGCAAAUGGAAGUCGAUUGAGCAAUUUCUUGAAAAGCCAUGACAUCGAUGAGUGGAGCACAGCCUUUUUGGAUCCGUCAUGGACACAUGAAGUGAUCAGAAUGACUACGGUGUCUCAACUCUCUGAUUUCUUUGUUCUCAUGGAGAAAACAGCACAAGUUCGACGCCAGAUCGUUGAAAGUGUCAUGAAGGGACUUCCCAUUCGACAACAUGCUCAACUUUCGCUAGAAAAUAACUCGCUCGAAAACUCUUGCAAAUAUGGAACCACUCAAAUGACACUGAAGACAGAUGAUGAUGAUGGCCAACAACUCGACAUAACUUUUGCAAUUCACGAUGAACUUUCUGAGCUGCACAAGGAUAUCGCAUUUUUGCAGUUUGUGCAAAGCGAUGACAUGCAUAAUGUCGAGAAUUUUGUUGAGACUUUGAGCGGUUUCCAUCCCGAUGGGCCAGCGAUUUUCCAAGAAGAGGUGGCUCAGGCUUGCGCUCUUUUAAAUGAAGGAGAUCAUUUCCAACAUUUCUUUACCGAUCGAGACGGUACUCUCAAGAGUUAUUCUUGUACUUAUCCAACAAGUGUCCAACCUGCCUACUCGGCUGUCAUUCAGGCUCAAUUCGCGAGAAAAUGUGCUCAAGUUUGUGCAAUUGUGACAACAAGUCCGCUUGUUCACAUCGGAAUCUUGAACAUGAUCACAUUACCUGAAGGCUAUUAUGCUUAUGGAGCGUCGGCUGGCCGGGAAUGGUAUAUCAAUCCGGCUUUGCAAUUUAAAGAUGACAGCUUAAGCGAUGAGGAUUUGAAUUUGUUGAAUCAAGCUUUUGAAAAGGUGGAAGAUCUUUUGGCAAAGCCUCAAUUCCGAAAUUUCACUUGGAUUGGUUCGGGUCUUCAAAAACAUUAUGGGCAUAUUACAAUCGCUCGGCAAAACCAAGAGAAGAGCAUGCAAAAAGCGCUUGGAAAUAUGUUGUUUAACGAAGUGUCAGAAAUUGUAAACGACGUGGAUCCUGCUGGGAAAAAUUUAGUGCUAAAAGACGGGGAAUUUGAGAUGAAAAUCUACGCAAAAACGUUUGAUAGCGAGAACAUCAAUGGUAAAAUCUUUAACAAAGGAAAUGGAGUGAGAUUGCUGAAGAAAAAGCUCAAUUUGAAGUUGACAAUAGGCAACAUUCUCGUCUGUGGAGACUCCGAGAAUGAUUUGCCAAUGUUGGAAGUAUGUCUUGAACAUGCAAAAGAGCAAGUGUUCACAAUUUGGGUGACACGAGACGAGAAAUUGAGACAAAAGGUCAUCUCACUCUGUCUUCAAUACGGAAAUUCGCAUGUGGCUUUUGUUUCGUGUCCGGGGGUUCUCCUUGGCGCAAUGGCUCAAGCCACAGUUCGGGUAUUUAAUCUUCGACCGGAUAGA